AUAUAUAACGUGUUGACUGUCUUCAUAUUUUAUCACUUAAUUACAACUCCGUCGUUAAAAAUAAUAGUGGGAUCCGCAUGUUUAAUGUCUGUAUAAAGAUUAUAAUAUCAAUUAAGAAAAAAAAUAAUCAAACCAAACGGGAAUUACGUGGGAAGAAGAAACAUCAUACAAGUUUCCGGAUCAGCCUCUCGCUCGUAUAGUCUCGGUCUUAAAUGUUACAUAUAUAUGCGUAUACCUGAGCUGUGGAUUUAAAUCUUAAACCAACCAAUUAGAUAGAUGGCUUCCCAUGGCCACACUCUUAAUUGUCUUUUUCCUCUUCUUCUCUUCGUCAUCUUCAUCUCUUUCUCACACGUUUCGCCCACACCUUUACACAAACUAGAAUCCGCCAUUACCAUCAGAAAAGUCAACCGCAGAGGACCUUACAUCGGCCUCGUGACUGUCUUUGAGACCGAAGAAGAUGCUUUUCUCGGCAGUGUGGAUUUCAGACCCGACCAUACUCACCCCUUCAUGGAUCUCUCUGGAAGGCGUUUUCGGAUUGGGAAAAUUCAUGGCAAGAAGGUUGUGUAUGUCAGAUGUGGCAUAGGAAUGGUGAACGCAGCAGCAGCAACACAACAGAUGUUAGAUGUGUUCAAUGUGAAAGGGAUCGUUCACUUUGGUAUUGCAGGAAAUAUAAACAACUCCAUGUCCAUAGGAGAUGUGAGCAUUCCUAAGCAAAUCACUAAUGCUGGCUUGUGGGACUGGCUGAAUCCAGACAAAGCAAAGGGAAGUGAGGAUGUAGCCUACUUAGAUGUCGGGAACUACAAUGUUCCACGAGGAGAUGGCAAAAACGAGCUAGGGACUAUUGGAUAUAGUUACGAGGAAUUAUAUUCAGUCAAUGGUCCUAUCAAUUCACCUCAGAAAGUGUUUUGGAUCAAUACAACUCAAGAGUGGCUUCAUCUUGCAGCUGGUCUAGAGAAGAUGGAGCUUUUGCAGUGUGUGAAUGCAAGUUUGUGUCUUCCAGAGAAACCAAAAUUGGUGGUCGGAUUAAAAGCAGCCACUGCUGACAUAUUUGUAGAUAAUGCAGCCUAUAGAACUUUCUUAUACAACAGUUUUGGGGUUUCUUCGUCAGAUAUGGAGAGUUCUGCCGUGGCUAUGACGUGCGUGUCAAAUGGGUAUCCGAUAAUUGUGAUAAGGGGACUAUCAGAUUUAGCUGGAGUAGGAGAUAACACUGUUAGAAAGUUUGGAUCUUUGGCUGCCACUAACACUGCGAAAGCUGUAUUGGAGUUCAUUAAGAAGCUCCCAUCGUCCCACAAAACUAAUCCCUACGCGUAACCUCUUGUUAUGAAUGUUUAAAUCUCUGUAUUUUUUUUUAUCAAAUAAGUUGUUCAGCUUCUUUGCUGUUUUUGAUGAUAAAAAACAAUUAAUUCAGCUUC